AUGCUCCUCCUGCUCCUCCUCGCGGCCCUCUCCGCCAGCGCCGAGCCCCUGCUGAAGCGCUUCGCCGACUGUCUCGGCCAGCACACCCCCAGCCUGGCCCCCGCCGAGCAGCGGAUCAGCUUCAGCCAGCUCUGGACCCAGCUCGACAGCUCGACACUCAGGAUCAGCCUCCUCGGCCAGGUGGACUCGCAGAGCUCCGGCUACAGCCCACAGACCAACUUCCUCGGUAACGAGACUGCCGUGCUCAACUUCCAGGCAUUCACCAACCAGUCUGCACUCUGCUCCGCCAUCAGAACCCCGCCGACCACCAACAAAACAGCAUCCGACUCAGGCUGCCCCUACGGCCCCGGCCAGCUCGCACUCGGCGUCCAGCUGCCCCUCAGCCCACACCCAGACUACCCCUUCCGCACACUCAACACCCAGCUCCAGCUCCUCGACACCUCCACCCCCGCACUCACCCUCGCCUGCAUCCAGCUCGACACCUCGCCCUACCAUCCCCACUCCAUCUACUUCAGCCUGCUCCGAUGGAUCCCGCUCGCCAUCCUGCUCGGAUAUCUGCUCGUCUGCGCCCUCGCCAGGCUCUGGGCCGCCAUCAUCUCCGAGCAGCUCAACCGGGAAGCCCAGGGCCUCCUCCGCUCCGGCGCCCUCCUCCGCUUCUCCACCCCCGGCACUCGAGACAUCAUCAGCCACCUCCAGUUCAUCGCCCUCCUCGGCCUCUUCAACGUCCAGUGGCCCGAGUUCGUCUACCCCAUCCUCACCCAAUCCGCCUGGACCACCCUCAUCUUCAACUCCACCAUCGUCCGCUCAAGGCUCUCCUCCGACCCGCCCCCCGACCCGCUCAGCACCCCAAGCUACGACCCCCCACAGGCCUUCGUCAGCCAGUUCGAUACCCCAUCCAGUCCCCUCUACCUCAACCGCUCCCUCCCUAACGUCCUCCUCAACUACGGCGACCAGCAACAGGGCAUCCCGCGCUGGGCCACCACCAUCGGCAUCCUCCCGCGCGACCUGUUCGGCGUCGCCAUGUCUCUCUUCGCCAUCUGCGCCGCCGCCGUCGCCCUCUUCAGCGCCAUCUCCUAUCUCAUUGCCCUCAUCGCCACUCUAGUCUCCUCCGCACGGCUCAAACACAUCCACCACCACCAUCAUCAUCAACGGGACUCGGGCAUCUUCACCAGUGCAGACACCGACGAUGGCCGCACGUGCACCUCUCUGUUCGACUCCCUCUCCCAUGCGCCCCCCGUCUCUUCAACCCAGAGCGUCGUGUGGCCCCAAACCGGCCUCCACUUCGCCCUCCUCCAAGGGAACCUGCUGCGUCUCUUCAUCCUACGCUCGGCUGAAGACCGGCUCGAUCACCCCGCCACCAUCCUCACCCUCGGCCCGCUCUACAACACCUUCGACGACAGAAACGUACUAUUCAUGGGCGUCCGCUUCGCCAGCUCAUUCGUCGUCGCUGUCGCUAUUGGCGCCGCCCAGUCACACGGAAUCAUCCAAGCGGUCGUCCUCCUGAUCGCCGAACUCACCGAAACUAUGCUUACCUCGCUCUGGCUUCCCUGGGGCGACGGAGCAGCGAUGGCCCCGCUAACGUUCAUCACCUCAGUGACGCGGAUCAUCAGCGCGGUCAUUCUGGUGGUGAUGACGCCGACCGUGUCGGUGGGCGUGAUCGCAUCGGGCUGGCUGACGUACGUGGUCUUGCUCAUCCUCGGCGGGGUUCUGUGCAUCCUGGUGCUCGUGCUGGGAGUGAAGCUGGUCGAACUGGACAACCAUCCGGGCGAGCUUGCCCACGUCCAGACCCCGUCGCUUUCGCCCGGCUUUGGGGCCAUCAACGACGAGGACGGCAACAUCAUGUCGGCGAUGUCCCAGGGCGCCUGGCUACGCACCGCGCCCCCGGACAACUCCCUCUUCCCCGCCCGGCCGGGUAUGGCCCCGCCCGACCAUUCCGGCCCAGGCGGACAACCUUCCUCCGGGUUCGCUGUCGUCAGGGGAGGAAGGGCGACGGAGAAGACGCCCUAUCUCAUGCACAACGACGGCCGCAACUCGUGGCGCACCCCUUCUCAUCGUCCACACGAUUACCCUCCCUCACACCACGCCCACCAUCUCCAGCAGCACCAUCUGCCGCCCUCCUCGUCGCCGCCCUCGGCCUUCUUCCACUCGACGUCUUCCUCUGCCAAUCCGCUCAACCCACACCUCGCCCAUUCCACGACGACCACGAAUCUCUUCGACCAGCAGCCGGCGCCCUUCCCGCUUUCGGGACACUCCACCUCGGACGACUCGUUGCCCCAUUCGUCCGUCCGUCGGAGACAGAACAGGAAGAAGAAGAAGAAGAACACGCACACGGGCGGGGGGCUCUUUGGGCUGUUCCGCUCCUCUGCUCGGGCGCCCGAUCGCACCGACUCGGACUCCACGGACUCCACGGACUCAUCCUCCUCUUCGGACUCCUCGGAAGAAGAAGAAGAAGAGGGGGCAGAGGACGGCGCGAGCGGGUCCGAAGACGUGUCCGGAGGGAGCACCCGACGCCGGCGGCGGAAGCGGCUGCAGACGGGGAUUCUAGGCGGCCUGGACCGCUGGCGCCGCAAGCCUUCCGCCUCCGCCUCCGCCCAACAGCAGCAAGAAAUCAUCGACGGAGACGGAGGAGCAGGACUCGCGCAGUCCGCCGCGCCCGCGUUCCAGGUCGUCCGGCAGCCGCGACCCCGGCCCUCGCCCAACGGAUCUGCCAAUACCUCUGCUACUGUUAAUGCGGGCGCGGCAGCGGAGGGGACGACGACGACGAACGGGGCCCAGCUGCCCAUGCCGCCCUCCUGA